AUGAAAUCUUGUGCGGAGACGUCAGCGCCUAAUUCGCUGCUCAGUAGGACUCAGUGGGGAGUCAUAAAGGAUCGCAGACCUGACAACUGGAGACAAGUGCAGCUCCGGAGCGGUUCCUCUUUUGUGGUACUCCUGUCGUUGCUAUCAAGAAUUUGCAAACACAACUCAUCGCAACUCAUCCCAACUCCUCUCAACACAACUCCAGCCAAACGCCAACUCGUGUUUGAUAUGAUGUCGUAUCGUCUCUCUUAUCCGCUGUAUUUAGACGUAAGCGAACACAACAAACACAAUGCCUUUCACAGCAAUCGCAUCCCUGGCUAUCAAAUGGAAAGCAAUACUAAUCGGACGGCAGCUCUCAUUAAUUUGAAUACUUUCUAUGAGAAUAUGAUAUCCAACGGUCACAACAGACCACACGUACCCUCCCUUACCAUCUCAAGCAAUGAGUACAACAAUGUGUCCAACAAUGAGACCAAAAAACUAUUACCCGAAAGUGAUUCAUCCAAAUCUUCCUUCUCUAUCGAAGCUAUACUUGGCAUCAAUAGUCGUCCAAAUAAUAACUACCUCUCGGCUCAAGAUUGCAAUCAAUACAACUUCAGUGGCAUUAAAUAUAGGCCCGAAUAUAUCUCUCAUCAAAUGUACGUCAAAGCAAACAAUUAUCCAAAAGCAAAGAGUAUUGCAUCGGUUUCACCCGAUUCUACAGCUAAAGCAAACAAUUAUCCAAAAGCAAAGAGUAUUGCAUCGGUUUCACCCGACUCUACAGCUAAAGACGAUAGACUCAUUGGAGACGAUUCUGGGAGUCAACCCAAGUCUAAGAGAGUGCGAACCAUCUUUACUCCGGAACAGUUGGACAAACUCGAGACACAGUUUGAAAAGCAACAGUAUAUGGUUGGACCCGAAAGACUAUAUCUCGCCUCAACUCUCAAUCUUUCUGAAGCACAAGUGAAAGUGUGGUUUCAGAACCGAAGAAUCAAAUGGCGUAAACAGCAUCAGGAGAAGGAACAGGCGCUCAUUGCCAAACAGUCCAACACUUCCGAUCAAAACACCGACCAUCAGAGUGAACACAUUGGCUCACAUCCAGACUUUUAUCAUUCUACCAAUUCAUUGGAUAUAAUUCAUUGA